AUGCUGUUUUAUUCUGUUGAUCAGCUGCAAUAUCGUGGCCUUCUCAUCCUGAUAUUUGUGCUAGGAAUCGGAGGCUCUUUCCAGUAUGGGUUCCAUAUAUCAGUCCUGAACUCUCCCUCUCAGUUUGUAAAGACCUUUAUCAAUGACACAUGGAUACAUCGCUACCGUCUGCCUAUUGCUGAUAGUAGCCUCACAUUAUUAUGGUCAUUCAUUGUUUCCAGUUAUUGCAUUGGAGGGCUUAUGGGGUCUCUGGGAUCAGGAUACUUAUCUUCCAGAUAUGGCAAAAAGAGAAGUCUGCUGUGCAGUGACUUGAUCCCCAUAGCUGCAGCUCUGCUGGUUGGUCUCAGUGUCACUGCUAAGUCCUUUGAGAUGAUACUAAUUUCCCGUUUUCUGUAUGGAGUUAAUGCAGGAUUAGGACUUAACAUCCACUCUCAGUAUGCAGGAGAAAUUGCAGAUAAAAAACUACGUGGUUUUACCAACACCAGUAUUGCCAUAUUUGUGACAUCUGGGAAACUGGUCGGUCAGAUUCUCGGUCUAAGGGAGAUGCUAGGUAUUGAAUCUCAGUGGCCUCUUCUCCUGGCCAUCAGUGGAUUAUGGGCACUGGUCCAGCUGGUCAUAUUGCCAUUCUUCCCUGAGUCCCCACCAUAUCUCCUGAUGGAGAAAAAAGAUAAGGAUGGCUGUAUACGAGCACUGAAACAGUUGUGGGGAGACAGAGACCACCAGAAUGAAUUUAACGAAAUGCUUAGAGAACAAGCAACCCGCAAAAGUGUCCGAAGUCUGAGUGUCCUUGAGCUGCUGAGAGAGCCUUCCCUACGCUGGCAGAUGUAUAUGCUCCUCACCUUAACGACGGCUUUGCAGUUGUGCGGAAUCAAUGCAAUUUAUUUCUAUGCUGCUGAAGUGUUCAGAGCUGCCGGCUUUUCAGACACCACAAUUCCGUACCUGACAGUGGGGGUGGGAGUGUGUGAGUCCUCAUCAGUGAUCCUCUGUAGUCUGGUAGUUGAUCGCUUUGGCAGAAGACUUGCUUUGCUGACCGGAUAUGCAUCCAUGGUUCUAACUUUGGGGCUACUGAUUCUGACAAUCUCACUGCAGGACAAAUACACAUGGAUGCCUUUCUGCAGUAUAAUUCUUAUCUUCCUGUACUCUGUUUCAUUUGGGUCAGGACCAGGUGCUACCACCAUGACUAUCAAUCUGGAAAUAUUUUCUCAGGAGGCUCGAGCGGCAGCAAUGGUGAUUGUGGGAGUAAUAAACUGGUUAGGCCUGUCUGUUAUCGGCAUGGUCUUUCCCUUCUUAGUGGCUACUAUGAAGCAGUAUUGUUUCCUUGUCUUCCUCAUCAUCACAGCCAUCUGUGGGGUUUUUCUAUACUUUUACCUCCCUGAAACAAAAGGAAAAUCAUGGCUGGAAAUCAGUGAGGACUUUAACAAAUACAACACCAGGAGCCAAUGUAGCAUUAAAUGUCACCUAGAAGUCUAUGUGAUAUCUACCAAGUUGUGACCUCAAAGAUUUACCUGGGUCUCAAGUCAGUUUUGGUAUUAUUGGGCAGGACAUUUAGGGGACACAGAGGUCUAUUUAUAUAUAUUUGGGGGGGGGGAGGAUACUUACAACGAAAAGUUGCCAUGCAGCAGUUACUUGCUGUAUUGCCAAGCAGUCAGGCUCCCUUCUGGGCAUGUGUGAACCUGGCCUGGACCUGUCUUGGUCUUCCAGGGGCAGGUUCUUCAGAAAUGAAAAUAUAAAUAACAAACUGAAAAAUGUAAAAAAAAGAGAAAAAAAAAUUAAAUACCAUUUUUCCCAGAACAAAAUGCUUUAUAUGAAUAACAAAGCAUUCUUCUAUGCGCAACAUCUGCUAUCACUAUCCUGAGAUGCUGUCCUUAAUACAUUUAUGGUAAGUAGCUCUGAGUGGGGAAGCUAAUGGCCUGAGAGCCCCUACAAUAGCCUCUACAGGCCAUACCCAGCAUGGCCAUCAAGGGCUGUGAGAGACAGUAAAUACAUAGAAUCACGAAUCCUGUAAAAAUGGCCUUUGAUAAAAAGGUCCUAUAAAUACAUAUUAAAGGGAACAUACUCCACUUGCUAAAGUUAUCUUAUUCUAAUGUAAACAUGAAUGUACUGUAUGUAAAAUAAAUUCUGAGCCAGGUCCUGAACCAAAUGGGACAAUAGAACAUAUUUACUGAUUAUGGGGUUUUUAAAUAUAAUUUCUUAUUGCCGAUAUUCAUGGCUAUAAGACAUUAUACAUUGCCCAAAUGUACUGUUCAUCACCUGCAGUUGUAGGCUCCAAAAGGAGCCAAUCCCUGUAAUGUGUAGGAAGUGAAAUGAUAGCAAAAGGGGUUAUUUUACUUCUCCUUCAGGGUUCUGCACAUGAGUGGUCUGCUGAUCACAUAUCAUGGCGGCCAUUGCUGGGGGGGAUUGCUUGGGGGAGUUCUGUGAUCUGCAGGCCAUAGGCUACAGCUACUGAGACAAAUUCUGGAAUGCUUAGCAAUCCGAAGCUUGGUAAAUCUGACAGCUUUACAUCCCCAUAGAAACUUAUGAGUGCUGCUGCUGUCAGAAAUGGAGGGAAUGAGGCAGAUAUGGAGAUAUCUGCUGCUGCUGCUGUUCUUCUUUCAUACAUUCGGGGAAUCCUAAAUAUUUGUGAACUGGUAUUUUUGGGGAAUAUGCUGCAAAUAUUAUUUGAUAUAGGCCCCAUUUUCUCAUGUAUUAGCUGCAUUAAUUCACUUGUUACUGUAUGUCAUAUUGUUUGUGGAGUCAUUUCACUGUAUUUGCUAUGUACUG